AUGUGGAAGUUUGAAAAUAAAGGUGUUUUUUCUACGAAAUCAGUUAUACAGGUCAUACAAUCGGAAACAUUGUCAGAUGAAAUCACAAGCUAUAGCUUUACAAGUCUACUUUGGAAAGGUUUUGUGCCUCCAAGGAUUGAGCUCUUUGGGUGGUUUGUGCUAGUUGGUAGAGUUAACAUCAAGGAGCGGUUGACUAAGCUGGGAGUUAACAUUCAGAGUGAUAGCACUUGUGUGCUGUGUACCAAGGAAAGCGAAUCGGCAGAGCACUUAUUUCUUCAGUGUGAGGUAACAUGGCAGGUUUGGUGUAAUUUGGUGCGAUUGUUUCGGAGAGAGUGGGUAAUUCCCGGAACCGUUAAAGAUAUGUUUGAAAGCUGGUGGGGCAUGCACAAUAGACAACAAGGGCACCAGAUGUGGAUGACAGCGUUCUUUGCAGUGAUAUGGAACAUAUGGUUGGAACGCAAUGUCCGGAUCUUCAAGAAUACAAGGGCAAGCAUUGGGGUAAUUCAAACAAGGACGGUAUUGAGCUACACAGAGUGGUGUGGAUGUGAACCCGUGUGA